CAUUACUGAAAUUCAUUUCUUCGCAAAAAAUCCCUAUUUUCUGUAUCCGCAAUCCCUAAAAAUUCCCUAGCUUUGCGUUUGGAUGUUCGGAUGUUCCUGACUCUCAGCUGACACACAAAAUUUUCAUCAUUUAUUCCUGCUGAAGAUCUCUGUGCAACAUUUUCUUGGUAAUUACUGCGUUUCUUCCGGGUUAAUUUCGGAAACCCGCAAAAAUGUCGGGUGGGCCUGAAUCCGACCCGUUUACAUUAACGCCGCAUUCUGAGCCUCAGCUGGAUCAGCAAAUGCGCGUGCCCUACUCCGUGCCGCCGCCGUUACAGCAAGUGGGUAAGGAGGGGAUGAGUGAGCAGAAACGGAGGAGGGGCCGGCCAAGGAAAUAUGGGACAGAUGGCAGCAUGGCCAUGGUGAUGGCUCCUGGGCCUGGGCCUGGGCCGCAGACGGAGAAUUUAUCUCCGGAAGUGGUUGUUGGAUCGGCCAAGAAGCCAAGAGGAAGGCCCCCUGGUUCCACCAACAAGAAAAAGCAAAUUGAAGCUAUAGGUUCAAACGGGAUUGGAUUCAUACCUCAUGUAAUCGACGUGAGGGCUGGAGAGGAUGUAUCUUUGAAAGUUAUGGCGUUUUCUCAAAAUGGUCCAAGGGCUGUCUGUAUCCUAUCUGCAAAUGGUGCCAUAUCAAAUGUGACACUCAGCCAAACUUCAAAAUCUGGUGGAACUGCAACUUACGAGGGGCGAUUUGACAUCUUGUCCCUGUCGGGCUCAUUUAUGGUAUCGGAUACUGGUGGUCCCAAAAGCAGAAUCGGUGGGUUAAGCACAACGUUAGCUGGACCUCAAGGAAGGGUGUUUGGUGGUUGCGUGUCUGGUGUGUUAAUUGCAGCUUCCAAUGUCAAGGUCAUAGUCGGAAGCUUUCUAGCAGAUGAUCGGAAAGAGCCAAAAUCAGCAAGCCAUAUGGAGCCUUUAUCUGGUCCACCGAAAGUGAACAUGGGCGUUACGAUCAGCUCGCCAUCACAAGGUACAUUCAGCGAGUCCUCCGGUGGGGCUGCAAGCCCUCACAAUCCGAGCUCCGGUGCUUGCAACAACCAACCCCAUGCCAUGUCUGCCAUGCCUUGGAAAUGAUCUUGUCUGCAUAGUUUAUGUUUGCCAUCUUAUAACCGUAGCUGUGUAUGUCUUGUUGAAUGCUAGUAUGGUAUGAAUGCACCCAGUAGAAUUGGGUUCUUGGUUGGCUGACACGUCAGAUUGGAUUGUAGCUGUUACAUUAGUUACUUUCUUUACCAUGCUUUCGGCUAAUUGUUAACCACCAACUAUUUGAU